AUGCCAUCCAUGCCAGACGGCUUCCCUUCCUUGUCAGAGCUGAAAACCGACAACUUUGAUUACAAUAUUAAGAAAGGAAAGGUCACUGUCGUGGCUGAUCUAGAGGAUCCUGUCAAACUCCUGGGACAGGGAAUGACCAUAGAUGACGUGAAAAUGACGUUCAAGUACGACAAGAAUAAUCCAGGUGGAAAAUGGAGUUUCAACGCUGAAGGUUGGGUAAACAGCUUUUUUUUUUUGAGCUACCAUGACAUAAUUUUCGCCCCAUGUUAAGUAAUCCGGAUUCCGGAGUCCGGGAAAAUCAGGAAUCCACCGGGAAAUUUUAACUUGUGGAAUCAGGACUCCAGGGUCUUGGAAUCCGGAAUCCGGCUAACGAUUGGAAUCCGAAAUCCAAGUUCCACCGACAAGGAAUGCAGUUCCCGGGAAUCGAGAAUCCAGGGCGUGGAAUCCAGAAUCCAACACUGUCUUGGAUUCCCUUACAUGGGACUAAUAUUUCUCCACCUGUGUUAUUCAUGCCUUCUUUUGCAGCCCGGUAGACUGCUUAGUCCAUUUAUUUCUUAUUCAGUCCAGUUGACAUGAUGCAUAGGCGCACCUACAGCGAGACAGAAGGAAGCGUUAACAAAACCUGGAUCGGACCCUAUCGAAUCAACUCCUGUAACUCAUAAAAUGACAGAAAAUUUUGGAUAAAGGAACAGGUUGUGAUUCGAUCCAGGUUUAACUGAACGGUGGAUCGAAGGAUGGAUGGGAACAAGAGACAACUAACAUUCCCAAACCCGCUUUCGUUGUUUCGUUCACAAUAAGCUCAUUAGGUGAAUAUUAUAAGGGACUGAAAAUAGUCUAAUCAUUAUGGUAAAUUGAAUUGUUAUCAGUUCGUUGGUCAAAAUUUAAGUGAGCUUGAAAAAUUGUCUUAAUUUAUAACACCUUAAAUCAGUGCAUUAAGGGUCAACGGGCAUCAAUCAGUCGGUUAAUGUACCAGCUAGUAUAGGACCCCCAAUAAGAUGCCGUCUAUUGUCUAUUGUCAAUUUUCAGACAGCUUGUAGAAACGUCGCUGCUGUCGUCAGUCCAACAUUGACGAUUUUUUUGAUGGAUAAAUGCUGAAAUAGUAACUGAGCUCAAAAAAUGUUAAAAUGGUUAUCGAUUUCAACAAUUUUGGUUUAUUACAGGAAAGUGGAAUCAAGGUAAUAUGACAGCAACUGUGAAAAUUGAAGAAUCAAAAAUUGGCGAUCACCACACCAUGGUUGCAGCGGCUGACAAAAUUAACGUGUACGAAGUAGCUACAGGGCUUUCGGAGAGAAAAAGCGUGGAACAUGCAGGAAUGAACGUGGAAACGUUAAAGAAUCUUACUUUGCAAAAUGUGGAAAUGUACUCUGUUUUUAAAGGAAACGAGGACUAUGUCUUCAUGAUUUCUGGAGAACCACUUCUUGCUGACACACGCUCAUCAGAUUGCAAAGUUUUUAUCCGCAAAAUGCCUAAAAAGAAAAGCAUAUUCUCGGUGCUGCUGGAAUUUGACCACGAUUUACCUUCGCGAGCCCUCCUCAAGCUUGUCAGCGACGAUCUGUUUAAGAUUCCAUUCAUCAACCAUCUCAUCGCUAAAACACGAGUCUUUCGUAAGACCCGCACCAAUUUUGGCUUUGUUGCAUCGACAGGUGAUGUCGAUAAACUUCCUCUUAAGUCUUUCGGUGAGGGUAUUCUGGCAAACGAAUUGCAGUCACACAUUUCUAAAGGGUUAACUCUCUUGCUCCCAUUUCGCUUGGGAAAUGAGGACACGAAACCAGUUAAGGUGGCCAUUGUGGUUAAUCCUCCGCUGGUCAAGUUUGUUACUUCUCGCCACGAAGAUGUCAGUGUUGCGCAGACUCUCAAAGCUUUGUCACCAAGUGCUAGGAUAAGAGUCCUACCUCACGGUUUCCCUAAGCUUUCCGAUGUAAAAAUAAAUCAUUUCAGUUAUAACAUCAAGCAAGAGACUUUUACUGUCCAUGCAAAUGUACCUGAAAGUUUCGCUGCAAUUCCUGGUCUCCUAAACGUGUCAGAUGUCAACGUAACGUUUCGACACCGCAUUGCAGACGAAUUCAAUACUUGGUCAUUCGAAGGACAUGGGGUGUCGGAGCUCGGAGGGGCAAAGGCAAAUAUCUCCUUGAAAACAGAAGAUGAGACAAAAGUGGUGUUUAUCAGCGGAGAAGCAGAGAAGAUGUCAGUUAGAUUGUUGGCCCAGCAAUAUGGACUAAAUUUUAUCCCAGACGCAGAAAGCCAAGCCAUCGUCCAAAACAGCCAAAUGAGCGAUUUUGAUUUCAUUACUCCGAGGAUAAAGUCUGCCACGUCUGAGAAGCAGAAAAAUCGUUACAUUCACAUCUCUGGUUUGGGAAAUUUUCCCGGCGUUGAUAAAACAACUGAGGCUGAGGCAGUGGUUUACGAAGACAAAGGACAACUGAAAACGUCAGUUGGUUUUAUAUUUCCAAAAAUUCCGAUGCCUUACAUCAUAGAAGCGUUGACUGGAAUCGACGUGGAAAAUUUGAAGAGAAUACUAAAGAACAGUUUCAACACGUCAUUGGUUCUGUCGCUAGACGAUGACGAGUCCCUCUUCGAAAAUCCAACCCUUUCAGGGCUUUCGUUCGAGCGUGGUAUUUCCAUGGUGGGACUAUUUCGAAUGCCUGUAGACUGUCGAAACGAUAACAUAUGUGUGUCAGCAAAAAGCAUGCUUGAAAGUGAUCAGUGGUACAGGGUGCAAGGACUUGUCAAAAGUGAUGGGUUCACCUUGGCAGGACUGGUAAAUCGCAACUACGUUCUAGGCAAUGGCCUCGUGUUGAAGGAUAAUAUGCUGCAAAUUGCAAUUAAGGAUUAUUCUACUUUCAACAUACAGACUAAGAUGCGUUUUCCCAAGGAAGAACUUACCUUCUAUGGAAACAUAAACUUUGAAAACGGCAGUGCAGAGUUGACCAUGCAGAGUCAAGACGCCUUUUAUCGUUCUUACAGAGGCGGAUACUUGACUUUUGACCAGCUUUCCUUGAACACUGAAAUAAUGAAUUCCAUUCCAUUGCAGAAGCUUUCCUUGACAGCACGAAUGACACUGGGCACAGUAGGUAGUGGUCAUGAGAUAAUGGCUCCUUGUUCGAUAUCUUACAACGCGAUGGAGCCCGAAUUAAGUUAUGUGGAUUCCACACUUACAGACAUGACUAUUGAUAAAAUUGUCCAGGCAAUGGAAAUCCCAAACGCGACACUUCCAUAUCCGCUUGCCUAUGCCAUCUUCCCCAAUGGAUUGGAUGCGUUCUAUCAUCCAACGCCGAAUGCCAAGACCAAUUUUACUAUGAGAGGUAAACUUCACAUCUUCGAUAGAACUUUUGACUGUGCGAUGAAGUUGAACGAUUCUCAACACAUUCAUUUGAUGUCGAACAACACUAAAGCACCGUUUGUGUUAUCAAAUGGCUUCAUUGUAGUUCAGCAAAGUAAGGCAAUUUCCAAGAGUGGUCCAAAACUGGAUGUUUCUAUUGCUCCUUUCGAUGUUCAAGUCAAACUCAAAGGUUUUGCAAGAGUUCUUGGCGCAGGAUCCUUAACGGAGAUCAAGAUUUCUGAAGCGGGCACAGAAUUUCCAGUGGAGGGAAACCUUUUUGAUAUCACGUCAACUGGGCUAUACAUUUCUUCACCAGAGGCGUUGGAAGGAUCAGAAACCUCAUCAUUCCAGGUGAAGUGGUCGAUAAAAAGACAUAGCCAUUAACCAUCCUUUUGUAGAUCUGAUAUACAUUAAACGGAUCGAUAUUUGACUGUGCACGUUGACCAAGGAUCAAUGUGCGUUUAUUACAAAUCGUUAAAUUCUAUUUACUGGUCAGUUUUAAGCACUUUCAUACAUCCAAUAAAGUCAAUAAGUUUUUCCAACUGAUAAAUUUGUUUCAUUGCCGGCUGGGUUGGCGAAGGGUCGCCAGUUUAAAUCCAGGCCGGACCAACAACUAGCGCGUAGAAAAGACUAUGAAAACUUGUAAGAUCAUGUUACUGUAAUUACGAUAAAGACCUGGUCUCAGUUCAAAAGCUUUCAAAUAAUCGCGUCAUUGUGUGGUGACGUCGAAAGGGAAGUAAAAGUAUAUGUUAGGGGUAGGGAUACUAUUUCGAACAUUGGCGGGCAUAUUGUUACUGGAAUGUAAGAUUGAGACAAGUUGCUCUUACGAAGUUUAGUGAUGAUGGCACACCAAAUCAAUGGCAAUUUCAGCCGAGUAAACCAGUAAAACUGUUCUCUUCUUAGGCUUCCGGUUGUCUUCCCGGCAUUCAUGAGCAAGUUCUCAAAGCUGUUGAUACCCUUCUAAAAGCAGCCGCCGUAGAAGCAGACAGCUUCAUUAACCAAGCGACAGAAAACUUGAAAGAAGCCAAGAACUAUUACCGUAAGGCAACCAAAAAUGAAGAAUUCUAUCGCGAGAAACUGGAAGAAGAGAAAGAAAUUCUGGAUAAGAGAAACAAAGAGGUUUGGAUGGCAGAAGAGCGAUAUAACAGUAGCUGUCAACUGGAUGACUGUAAAAAGAGUAAGUAACUUCGUAAGAAGAGUGCUUAAUGGCUAGAGAUUGAGCAAGAAUAAUAUUGAAAGGCAUUAUUUAGUUCUAGUCCACCAAAAACAGUAGCCCAAAAGGCAUGUAAAUGCGAAUUUAUGGGGGGAGGGGGCACGCCGGUGGAUCAGUGCCUAAUCCUACACGGAGACGCUCAUCAACCAGUGGACGAAGUGAUUUUUUAAAUAUUGUCAAUUGAUGUUUUAACUGUGGCUGUUAACCCAAAUAAUCGAUUUAGCCGCGAAGUUAUUGCUCGUCUGUCAGUAACGCCGGGAUGUUAUUGGCCUUGAUGACUCUAGAGCGGGUCACUCGUUUCGACCCCUUCUAUUGUCAUUGAGAUAUCCGUCAUUGUGUUAUUAGUCCAAUUUGCCACUAUUUUGGUCCAGCUACUCUAUCAAAAUAUCAAGGAGCGUUCUAUGGCUAAAUCUGUGUUCCAAAUAAUACGAGGCUAUCCACCGCGUGAUCUGAUAUCGUGUUUUCUCAAUACUCACUCUUGUUAACAAACAAUUAAGACCACUUCAACAAAAGUUGCCGAUUCCAAAUUCACGACCACCCAGCCUUACAUUUACAACUUGAUGUUGUCUUUUACAAGAUUCCGUGCGGCAAAUUUUCAUAAAGUUAUAUUGGAGAGCGGGCAGAUCAUUCGCUUCAAGAAAAAAAUGAUGUCAAAACCGCGGCUGAAGGCUCAGAAUCGCUAAUCCUGCUUGGCCUGAUCUCAUGACCAUGAUGAAUGCUUUGAUCAUUGUCAUGGGCGAUUAUCGAGCGUAAAAAAGUUUCUGGAAUCCUGGUAUAACACCAUGAUCACUCCCAAUGCAGACAAUAACUCUUGCCUCCUCCCAAGGCAAUAUAGCAGUCUUUUAAGCAAGUUUCCAAUGCAUUCCUUCUUUCUCAAUGGCAAUUUUAUUCUAUUGUGUUUAUAUUACACUUCACAUCAUUAUUUUUUCAUUUAAUUAUUUUGCCAGUUGAUAACUACAGAUCAGGCGGUCGAAAGCUCGUAUUUUUGGAAACAAUUUUAGCCAGAGAACACUUCGUGAUAUUUUAAUAUGAUCCCUCCGGCUGCGGCUCUGCUAUUUUUUUCAGCUACUUUGUUGUUGUUAGUUUUGCUGGAAUUCGUUGUUUGACCUAAGCUUUCAAUUUAGAUAAUAAAUACAAAGCGGGACCUCGAAAAAUAUCCAAAAGCCUCUCAAAACAUGUCCAAAAAACCAAGAUUUACCGCGUUUCGGACAAUAACAUCAAUUAGCGACUCAUUGUAAUGAUAAUAUAUUGUAUCAUAAAUUUAAUAUGGUUUCCCUACACUUUUAAUUCUUAUUUUAAUCCUUUUUUCACGUUUAACCAUUUAGGUUGUAUCGGCUGUCCAGAUUGGAACCGAUGCUGCGCACGUGAUGUAUUUGGCAGUUGUGUGGAAUGUCCAUCAUGGAACAAGUGUUGUUACAAAUCAGGAGAUCCUGUGUGUGUUGCUAAAAAUCACGGGUGUACCUAUAUACGGAGAGUGGCCGAUGGAAAUCUUGAAGACGCCAGGGUAUAUAACCUUAUUUAUAGGUGUUACCGAUCAAGUAGAUAGCUCAACAUCGUUGUUUCCUAUAAAAACGCAGGCAAUAGAAUUAGAUGUAUCCAGCCACCUUGAAGAGUCAAGCUUGCCGAGAAGCCAUUUUCGGUCAUACUUAGCAACCUUGGCCUGGAAGUUCAAAUCAGAGCUCACGAUAUCCCGGGUUUAGUGCGAAGUCUAAAUUCAGAUAUGAAAGCUUAAAAAGCAAAUUUAGUCUAAUUCUUUUUACCUACAUGGAAAUGAUCUGAUGCUUUAUAAAGAAUGGAGAAAAUUAUCCGAAAAAAUGCUUUCGAACUGAAGAAUAAGAACAUGCACAGAGUAAAAUUUAAUCCCGGGUUAGCGCUAAUCGCCCUUCGAACAACUGAGCCCUGGUUUUCCUUUUCCUUUUCUGCGCCCAAACGUAAAAAUCAGUGGCCCUCUGAGAAUGUUCAAGAAAUUAAUAAACCCUUUGUAGGUAGUCAUUCACGUGGUAUAAAGUCGCCAGGUUGGAGAGCAAGGGACGCUCUGAUACAAAACAAAUAAAUGUCUUGCAUCAUUUAUAAACGAUUAUCUUUGUUUGUCUUGUCCCAAUAUAGCAUAGCGAUUUAAAUUGUACCACGUGAACGGGUAGCUUAAUGCAGAGGGUCUGUUGGGAUCGAACGAAACCGUUAACGACGUAACGCCAAAAAGUCAUGGAUCCCAUUUUGUCGCAAAAUGAGAAAGCUGUAGCAAGCACAGUAGCGGUGAGAUCCCUCGCUUCUGCACAGCUUGUCAUUUGCGAUUCUCUCUAUAGCAACGUCGGUUGGAAAGUGAAUUAUUUCUUGAAGCUUUCAAUGAUCAAAAUCUAUAGUAAUUUUCAGUUACUUAAAACCUUCUUUAACAGUUUUGUCCACUUUUUCUCCUAAGGAUAUAUACCUAGACCAGAAGCGAAGAGUGGAUAAUUUAACUCAAAACGUCUUCGACUCAGAAUUUUCCAAAGGCAAAACAAAAGCAGUGUUGGACGCGGCUGGAAAAGCCCUUUCACUAAUCGACAGAGACUCCACUAUCGGAAUAGAAGCAUCCGACUCCAUCAAACACUAUGGCCUUGAAAAUGUGCUCAAGAUUCAAAGCAUCUGUUUUCAAGCCCCCGUCGACACUUUGGCUACAAGCUGCAUCAACAUGACCGUCAAUGCUAGCGUCAUGGGUUCAGAUGAAAUCAAAUCGCUCCCGUUUCACGCAUGUCUGAACAAAGAACUGGUACCGCGCAUGGCUCGUUUCCUUGCAAAUUAUUUGUUCCCCGAUAUAGGAGCCACCAAACAAAGAAGAAGUCUGAUCAGUGAAGAGAAGACCUACAUUCCCGAUGAUGAAACCAGUGGAAGGCUGACAGACUUCCUACGAGGUCGGGGAUUAUUACGGAGAGCAAGGGAUGCAGAGUCUACAGAUGAACGUGACAGUAUUGAGCCUUUCUGGGAUCUUAUU